AUGGGCGGCCAUCCCGAAGUCCGAGAUGGGCGGCCGCCAUCCCGAAGUCCGAGAUGGGCGGCCGCCAUCCCGAAGUCCGAGAUGGGCGGCCAUCCCGAAGUCCGAGAUGGGCGGCCAUCCCGAAGUCCGAGAUGGGCGGCCAUCCCGAAGUCCGAGAUGGGCGGCCAUCCCGAAGUCCGAGAUGGGCGGCCAUCCCGAAGUCCGAGAUGGGCGGCCGCCAUCCCGAAGUCCGAGAUGGGCGGCCAUCCCGAAGUCCGAGAUGGGCGGCCAUCCCGAAGUCCGAGAUGGGCGGCCAUCCCGAAGUCCGAGAUGGGCGGCCAUCCCGAAGUCCGAGUUGGCUUCAUCAUAAUGUGGUGUGCUAUAGUAGUAGGGAGGCAAAAGUUAUGCUUCAACACCACCACCACUACGGUUAAUGACUAA